CCCAGACCAGGGAUCGAUCCCGUGUCCCCUGCAUUGGCAGGCGGAUUCUUAACCACUGCGCCACCAGGGAAGUUCCUACCCUGUGAUUUUUAUUAAGGCUGAAAAGGAUGUUUGCCAAGAGAUUCAAUCUGAUCAAGAGGAUGUUAAACUGAAUAUUAAGGGAGAGAGAGAGAAAAGAAUUACUUAUUAAAAUAGUUAACUAAUAUUAAUAGCUACUAUUAUCCAGCGCUAGGUUCUGUCCGAACUGAUUUACAUGCAUUAACUGUUUAAACCUUGCAGUAACCACAUGAGUUGGGGAUUCUUAUUAUGCCCAUUUUAAAGAUGGAGAAAACCAAGCCAUUUGAGUAACUUGUCCAAGGUCAAGUCAGAUGCUAGUUGGGAUUCAAAUUGGGGCAGUCUAGGGUCUGUGCUUGUAACCUCUGUACUAGUCUGCCUUUCAAAACUGCAAAGCUUAAUGCUCUGAAAAAAACGUAUGAGAGAGACAAAAAAAUUAAUAUUUCUUAGAGAGAGAUAAAUACUGUAUGAUUUCACUUAUAUGUGUAACCUUAAAAAAAAAAAACAAAAAAAACUUGUAGUAGCAAAGAGUAGAAUGGUGGUCACCAGGGGUUGGGGGAUGGGGGAAAUGAGUAGAUGUUGGGCAAAGCGUACGAAGUGGCAGUUGAAAGUUCUGGGGAUCUAAUGCACAGUACUGUGUUCAUAGCUAAUAAGACUGUAUUAUAUACUUGAAGGCUUCUAAGAGAGUAAUCUUAAACAUUUUCACUACAGAAAGGAAAUGGUAAUCAUGUGACAUGAUGAAGGUGUUAGCUGAGGCUGUGGUGGUAAUUAUAGUGAGGUGUGUAAGUGUAUCAAUUCAAUAGAUUGUGCACCUUAAAGUUACACAAUGUUAUAUGUCAAUUAGCUCAGUAAAGCUUGGGAAAAACAUUGUAACUAUAGUUGUGCAGCAAGGAAACAUUGAUCAUGAAAAAUCUUUCAAAAUCAUCAUUAAUAUGUUUUAAAAAUUGAUCUAUUCAGCUGAUGAUUUAGAAAAGGCUAUGCGAUAGCUUUGAAAUAGUAAGUUACUAGGCUAUGACGUAUGAACUUUCAUUGCUUUCAUCUUUUCUAGAUGCUUUAGGCAGAGGCCUAUACCUAUACAAGAAGGGACAUACAAUAUGCUUUCAGGCUGGUAUUUCUGUUAAUAGUGUUUACAGUCACUUUUUAGUAAUGUAGAAGGCAAAUGUGAUCGACAGGGAAAGUACAAACAGUACCAGAGGAUACUUUAAAUAAGAAAAAAAGUAUAUACCUAGAAACAGUUAAUGGAGUAAAAUCGAUUUGCAGUCAUAAUGCCUGGAUGCUUCCAUGUAAAGCGUAUUUUCAGGGGCAGUUUUACCAAGUAUAAUAUAUUAAUUAUUAUUCAGAAAAUAUUCACUCUACCCAUCUCCACUCUCCGUCCAUUGACUUUCUCACUCCAUUGACAUCGGACUUGGUCAAAAGUCUUCCCCUGGUUGAUUCAAUAGGGCGAAAGUGAUAGCCCCCCAGUUCCAAGUACAAGUUAAGAGAUGUUAUGCUUACCGUUUUUCCCCUUGGGCUCCUACCACCUGCCGCGCUCUAGGUAAUCACCGAUCAUUUAACCUGAGCUCUGGGAUGAGAAGAUACGGGAGGCACGCUUGAUCCCAACCUUCAGCCUGGAGCCACGUCCAGAUAAGUUAGCCAAGUGUAUCUGAACUAGAACUGACCUGUGGACCUGAGAGUGAGAAAUGAGUGUUCGUUAUUGUAAGCCACUGCAACCUGGGGGUUGUUUGUGACGCAGCAUCAUCACAGCAAAACCUGAUGAAUGCAUUUCCCCAAAUUUAGUAGUAUCUUUUCUAUUUUUAUUAAAAGAAAAAAACAAACAGAAAAACAGAGGACUGUGGGAAACGGUCAGCCUUGAGAGCAAGCUGCAGACAUGCCAGGCACGCCGCCGCCGCUCGAAGGGACUGUGCCUACUUGUUCCCCUCCUUGUUCCAUUCCACGGGAGAUAAACCACCAGGGCCCAGAGAUCAGAAAGAAUGUAAACUGAGACAAGCAAAGCUGUCUCUCCCCGGCACGUGCAGGUUAUUUUUGAUGAUUCUGGGCUUAUGGGUUUUCUCCCAGGGAAGUUAACCUUGAGCCGGGACAGUCUGUACAUAAUGUAAACCACCAUCUGGCAACCAACCUCCCUUUUUCUAGUCUAGAUAAUCUGCAACUGUAGCGCAAUAAAAUCUGCCUUGCAGCCGUCUGUUGUCUUGGCCCUUCUGACCCCACCCGUAGGUGCUACUUCAGUUCCUUACUCCUUCCCUCCUGACCCUGGGCGGUGAGAUCCUCUUUCUCUGGCUGGUCCGCGGCAGAGGACUUGUUCCAGUUGCUAGUUCUUCCUUAAACUUAUUUUCACACAUGACCUAUAAAAUAUUAGUCAGUCUUCUCCAUGCUGGAUACCAUCCGUUUGCCCCUCCGAAUGCACUCUCCAUUCUCUCCCACCAGGCUCUGCGCUUUAAGGGGCUUAACGUCAUGUUUGGCCAAUGCGGAGCGUUGACAGAAGAGCAGAAGGAGAAACAGAGUGUGGGAGUGGGAAUAUUUAAUUCCCGAAACUUCUCCCUGCUGGGUCGCUGCAAACUGGCUGCUUCCAGUGGUCAAAGAACAUAGCCUCAGCCAGGCAGCCCUCUCUCUGCAUUUCAGUCACAGCUCACUCCCUUUGUCUCCUCGGGGGCCUUGGGGUGGGUGGUUAAAUCCUGGUCACUAGCCCCAAGGUACUGCACUGUCCCUCGUGGUUUCCUCAUGCCCUGCCCUCACCUCCACGAAGAACCCCUUCUUAAACUUCCUUCAAAGUGCUCAGUUUGAACGUGACAUCUGUUUCCUGCUGUGAUCUUGACAAUACAACUUCCUUGGUUAAAUUUUAUAAAAAGGAUUGAAGUGGCGGAAGUUCAAUUUAAUCUGGUGUUCUGACUGACACACUUUAUAUCAAAAAGAAAACUGAAGCCCACCUAUGUGGAGAAUGUGCACGGCUCCCAGCCUUAUUUUAUUUUCCCCUGGAGACUCAUUUUGCACCUGGUCAGGUGCAUGAGACCUUUUUCAGGGCCCCCUUUUCUGUCAGGCACCUUGAUAUUACUUCCAGCUCCAAAAGUUUAUGCUAAUUCACUCAAGAAACUCUCAUAGCUUUUCCCUGUAAUUUCCUCCAUAAUUGCUAGACUAACUUAGCUUUCAAAUUUCUUCCCAGGAUUCAUAAAUGAGAAAGACAAGUGAAACCAGAGUGGGGGAGGUAGAAGAAUAGUUCUUCUCUUAAUUCUCUAAACUUUCGUUGUCAUGACCCUCUUUUUUUUUUUUUUUUUUUUCCAGUAAUAGGCAAUUCUAUUUGCCUAGGCUGCUGAGCAGCUGUGAGACCUUAGGCAACAUAUUUGUCCUUUCUAUACCCCAGUUUCCUCAGGACUAACAUGUCAAAAUCCGUACUAGAAUAGCUACUUUCAGGUUUAUUGUGAGAAUUUAAUACAACAUAUGUAGAAGUGAUGAACCUGUAUGGGGACCCAACAAAUGCCCAUUUAUUCUUUCUUCCAACUGCAUACUUUAAAAUAAUGCAUUUCAUGUACUUUUAAAGUUCAUUCAGUCCUUCUGCAACUGCUUUUCAGAAAGUCUGGGUACUUGGAGGACUUCCUUUCCCCCCCCCCUUACUUAAUAUAUAUUUUUUAAUUGUGGAAAAAUAUACAUAACAUAAAAUUUACCCUCAUAAACAUUUUAAAGUAUAUGGGUUCAGUAUUGUGAAGUAUAUUCACAUUGUUGUGCAACCAAAUCUCCAGAACCUUUCCAUCUUGCAGUUUUGAAACUCUAUACCAAUUAAAGAACAAUUGCCCAUAUCCCUCUUCCCCAGCUCCUGGCAACCAUGACUCCACUUUUUUUUCCUCCCCCAAACUAGAGUCUUUUUUUAAAAAUACUGAAUGGUAGUUGAUUUACAAUGCGGUGUUAGUACAGCGCAGUGUUUCAGUUAUACAUAUAUAUAACUGAAUAUACGUAUACACACACACACACACACACACACUUUUUCAGAUUCUUUUCCCUUACAGGUUAUAACAAAAUAUUGAGUAUAGUCCCCUUUCUAUACAGUAGGUCUUUGCUGGUUAUCUAUUUUAUAUAUAUAUCUAUUUAUAUCUAUUUUAUAUAUAGUCUGUUAAUCUCAAACUCCUAAUUUAUCCCUACCCCCUCCUUUACCCUUCGGUAACUAUAAGUUUGUUUUCUAUGUCUGUGGGUCUACUUCUCUUUUGUAAAUAAGUUCAUUUGUAUCUUUUUGUUUUUAGAAUACACAUAGGAGUGAUAUCAUAUAACAUUUGCAUUCUACUUUCUGUUUCUAUAAAUUUGACUAUUCUAGAUGCCUCAGGUAAGUGAAAUCACAGAGUGUUAGUCUUUUUGUGACCAGCGUAUUUCACUUAUCAUAAUGUCCUCAAGGUUCAUCCAUGUUGUAGCAUAUGUCAGAAUUUCCUUUGGUGGACUUCUUUUUUUUUUUUUAAUUUUUUGGCCGCAUUGCACGGCAUGUGGGAUUUUAGUUCCCCCACCAGGGAUUGAACCCGCGCCCCCUGCAUUGGAAGCGCUGACUCUUAGCCACUUGACUGCCAGAGAUUGGUGGGCUUCCUUUUAAAAAUGAAUUUUCUAAGAUAUACUUACCAAAGUUCCUAUGUAUCAUUUAAUAUUACGUUUCUCCAUGUGUUCAAAGUGCCCCCAAUGCUGCAUUAUGGUGAAACUGCAGAAAGUGUAAUAUGUCCUUAGAAAGCAUCCUUUAGUUACUAAUAUACUCCUUAUGAAUAUGGUAAGUGUCCACAUGGGGAUAUGUAUUAUCCUGAAUCAGCCAGCAUUCACUUCCACAGCCUCUUCUUUGUCAGCACUCUUGCUUAGAAUUGUUUUAAGAAGUUUAACGAACAGAAAGGAUUGCUGUAAAAAAGCAUAUUUCAAACAUUAACUAUAUAGACCCUCCAUUGAUUCUGGAAUUCCUGAGCAAUUUUAAUUUAAAAUGCUCAUUUUCCGCACUCAUGCCUCCAGUGACUAGAUUCCUUUCCAGGCUCCACUUCAUCCUGGAUUACUGUGUUCUUUCUCCCUGUUUGGAAAGUUCAGCUUCCCAGAGUUCCUGGAUCUCUUCCGAAUGUAAAGAUUUGGGUCUCUUCCAAGACCUUCGCUGAAUGCAGAUGCGUCGCUAACUUCUCCAGAGCCCGCCCCUGGGAAACAGGCACAAGGCAGUCUUGGUGGUUGUAUCUGUUUUAGGUAAAGAAGCAGCAGAAAGGAAGUUUGAAACUCUGUUACAUAAGUUGUCCCACCCUCCAUCAUUCACUACUGUCAGAGUAAAUACGCAUCUAGCCUCAGUACAACAUGUGAAAAGUCUGUUAUUUGAUGAGCUUCAGAAGGAAUAAUAUAAAACAACAGCCCUGUGAAGUUAUUGUUGGAGCCCAGUGUGGCAAUGCAGUCUUACGAGGAGCCCACGUCUAUGUUCCAGGAAUUGUGUCAGCCUCAAAAUUUAUGAAAGGUGGAGAUGUUGUUUCCGUGUACUCUGAUAUUAAAGGCAAAUGUAAGAAAGGAGCCAAAGAAUUUGAUGGAACAAAAAUAUUUCUUGGAAAUGGGAUUUCUGAACUAAGCCGCAAAGAGAUCUUCAGCAGGCUCCCUGAACUGAAAGGCAUUGGCGUAAGAAUGACAGACCCAGUGUAUCUGAGCCCCUCAUUUGACAACGUACUGCCUAGCUACUUAUUUUUACAAAAUUUGCCGUCUGCUGUAGUAAGUCAUGUUCUGGAUCCUCAGCCUGGAGAGAAGAUUCUAGAUUUGUGUGCGGCCCCCGGAGGCAAAACAACACACAUUGCAGCGCUGAUGCAUGAUCAGGGAGAAGUGAUAGCACUGGAUAAAAUAUCCAACAAAGUAGAAAAAAUAAAGCAGAAUGCGUUAUUGUUAGGGCUAAAUUCCAUCAGGGCAUUUUGCUUCGAUGGAACAAAGGCCCUUAAACUUGAUAUGGUUAAGGACACAGAUGGAGAACCUCCAUUCUUACCGGAAUCUUUUGACCGAAUUCUUCUGGAUGCUCCCUGCAGUGGACUGGGACAGAGACCAAACAUGGCUUGUACUUGGACUUUGAAGGAAGUGACAUCAUAUCAGCCAUUACAGCGAAAACUCUUCACUGUGGCAGUGGAGCUGCUGAAGCCGGGGGGCGUGCUGGUGUAUAGCACGUGCACUGUCACCCUAGCAGAGAAUGAAGAACAGGUCGCCUGGGCCCUCAAGACAUUUCCUCACCUUCAGCUUCAGCGCCAGGACCCACAGGUUGGAGGAGAAGGGAUGCUGGGGGCUGGCCUGUCAUCUGAGCAACUGAAACGGCUGCAGCGAUUCGAUCCCUGUGUGGUGCCGUCACAGGACAGUGACACUGGUUCUCUCAGAGACGCCAGGAUAGAAGACACGAGUUGGCUCGCAAAUAAGGAUUGUAUAGGCUUUUUCAUUGCAAAAUUUGUAAAAUGCAGAAGCACGUAGGAGAAGGAUCCUUAGAAAUGAAAGUUCCAAACAUUUUCCGUUUUUUUUAAACCAAAAACUGUUGUCAGGCCACGUGAUUGAUGCCGUGGUUGCUGAGGAAACAGAAAAGGCUGCCGGCUGUUCCACCAGGAAUCAAGAGACUGUACUUCACAGAGGAAGUAGCCGGGGGGGGCGUGGAGGGGGGGCACUUGUGUGUCUAAAAUACUUUUCCUUUAUGGAUUUAGCAGAGUAUAAAGAAAAGGAGAUGCCUGAAGAUGUCUGGAACAUUUCAUUUGGGGUCUUUGUUUUAAUUUGUAAAGAAUGCAAGUCAUUUUUAAUGUUAAAAUAAGUGGAUUUAACAAAAGGAAUAAAAUUAGUGGUAUUUAAUUUGGUUAUAAAACACGUUUUCCGUUAUUGAGUUCCUUCAGAAUUCAGGGUGUGGGAACUAUAACUUAUUUAUCAAGUGCCAGGAACGUAGCUGGGGAUUUCACCUGACUUUUUCUGUUUACUAUUUGGUAAGUCAACCCUCUUUCAAAUGAAUUCUGGACUACUCCCAGUAACAGUCUCCCUUCACUAUGUUGACGUUUUUUCUUCUGUCAUAUUUUAAACUAAAAACUAAAAUGAAUUUUUUUAAACUCUGUAGAUUAAAAAUGAGACUAUUGCACAAUUCGGGUACCUUUUAGCAUCUAAUGGAAUACAUACAAGUUCCUAGAGACGUGAUUGGUGAGAAAACCAUCUUGUGAGAGCUGGGAAGUGGCCAGGCGCUCACAGCUAAGCCUUGGUGUUCUCCCUCUGAACAGAAGCAGCUCCACAGAACACCUUCCCCAGACCAAGCAACUGUGACUAGGUCAAGACGAAACAAGACCACUUCACCAUCAGACCUGAAAUCCCCCAAACUGCAGAAGUGACCAAACAUCACCCAUGGCGGCCAGUAUAAGAGGGCGGCCUUUUUAAGAUGAACUGUGUAACUGUAGGCUUGCUUUUCAUCCUACCUGCUUUUUAGAUAAAAUAUAUUAAAAUACCCAGCCAUAGUUUAAAAGCUAUCUCAUGUUGUGUUAAAUACAUCUAUUUUGUUAAUUCAAAUCACCUCAAAAUGCCUGAGCCUCGGACAACUGCCUAAUAUAUUUUUUUCCCUUCAUAGGUCUCCAUUAGGAACUUCUUGAAACUUCCUUGUUUCCCUGAAGAAUGCUCAUCGCAUCUCAGAUCAGCAUGACUCUUGACGUGUUAGUAAGAUUAUCCAGGAGUAGCAGCAUUGUGUCACUGAGCAAAGGGCGAGGAACUGAAGAUCCAUUCUGAUGACAAGUUUAUUUUAGAAAGGAAAAGUACAGUUCAAAAUCGGAGGCAAGAAUUGCAGACCAUAUAGGAUGAAGGUGGGAGAAAGUUGGCUUUGCCGUGCUCAGGCCUUCAGAGGCCUUUGACCUGCCGGAAGCUGUCACUUUUCAGGUGUCGUGGGGAGAUGACCACAGCCCAUCAGUGACGGGCAGCACCCCCCAGGAUGAUGUGCCCCACACGCGAAGUGCAGAGCAGGUGUCCGACGCAGGAAAACCUCAACGUCUCGUUCACUUCAAGUCACCUCCUUUUGCCCUGAUUUCUUGCGAAGAGCAGAAGCUUUGGUUAUAAGAAGCACUUCGAGGUUGUGACGGACAGUGAAAGUGUCGGAGCGGGGGGAACACAACGGGCACGGCGGGCGAGGCGAGGUGAGGAGAUGGGGGGAGUCGGGAGCAUCUGUGUAAACGCUUCUCUCUCAGACGAGAGGUCGUCGGACAUUUCCAGUGAAACACUCAUCACAGUGGCCCGUGUGGCCCCUCUCCAGGAGCCAGCGGGGGGCAGCUCUCCGGGGCGUCCCCUCUGGCGGCGCGUGCCCUCCUGGCCCCUGACGGCUCGGCGGGCCACAGCGGCGCAGCGAGCCGCGGAGCCAGGCAGGUGGACGCCUCGGCCCUGGGCUGGCCGCCGCUGUUGUCAGCAUGCACGCCCGUCACUGGCUCGUGUGCACGCGGCUCCCAGACUCCAGGGCCGUGACCUGAGACACUGGCUACGCAGGACGUGGCCGUCACAAUCAGUGUGAACGGCACGGAGCGGAGCAACCCUUGGAGUUUGGUUAUAUUUCCCAGAAUUUAUGGUCACAAUGAUUAACGUACAGGGAUGGAGGAACAUUCAGAAAUCAAACCUUUUCAAGUCAGGCAGUCACACGUAUUUACAGUAUGUACAGACUCUCUACUAGAACGGGAAUAGGUGUCUAGACGACGUUAUUACAAAUUUCCUGAAGGUGGGCAUUUCUAGUCCCUGUAAUUCAGAAAGCAGAUCUGCUGGCUUGGCAUUAAGACUCUGAAAUAGUGCGAUCAAACUGAUACAUAUAUAUAUAUAUAUAUAUAUAUAUGUGUGUGUAUAUAUAUAUAUAUAUAUAAAAAAUAAUUAUAUAAUUAUCAUAAGAAGGUGUUUGCAGAAAUAACAUUUACAAACUGUCUAUACAGUACACAAUGCUAGUACAUAGAAAAUAGAUUCUGACUUUGAUCCCCUUGGUGUAAGGCAAGACAGUCUGUCCCCAAGUUUAGUCAGUCAGCCAGAGGUACAAGCGAGAAACAGUGGUCCACGGAUGACUAUGCAAAUCGGGCGCCUACAUAUUAAAGGUCGGGAGAACCAAGAAGUUCCACUUUUUACGUGGGCCGCUUGAUUCUGGCCCGCUGGAUACAUCAACCACAUUUUUGAAAACAUCAGCUAUGCUUCUUAAAAUCCUGAUGCCACCUGGAUGGCAACAGAUGAUAUUGUUCAAGUGGCAGCGAUCCUAGACCGUUUUCAAAGUGCAGUAGACAACCAGAGGACUGCAGCCUUUCCAGGCGAAUUUAUAUAGCACUUACUUACAAAAGGAAAAUAAAAAGUAUAUUAAUACUCUAUUUCAUGCUGUUGCUAUCCAAGCAACAGCAGUACAAAAUAUACAAGACAGAUCACAUAUGAUUGCAACGUAGACCCCCCAAGAUUGAGUUGGAGGGUGGUGGUAUACAAGACUUACUUAAAAAUAAGAAAACCAACGACACAAAAGGGCAAAAGUCACUGGCGGAUGUAAACCUCCCUGUUCCAGUCCCCAGCCUCAUGCCGUCUCCUGGACACCCCUUCCCCCUCCCUGUCACAGCAGCGAUCCUUGGAUUUGUGGCGGCUCCACUGUUUGUCGCCCUCGUUGUGGUCCUGCUCUCGAUCCGGGUCCCGGGAGCGGUGCCGAGACUCCCUGUGUCUGCGUUCCCCACCCCCGUGGGGUUCCUCUCUGUGGCUGUGAUCUCGGUGCGGGGCGCAGUGGUCUGCAUGUUCGUGGGCAUAAUCUUCCUUGGGCUCCGCGUAUGCGGAGUCGCGACUCUCCUGCGUUUCUGAAUCCAAGGUCUCCUGCCUGGAGAGGCCGCGGCUGGCCCCGCUGCGAUGGCUGUGGUGCUGGGGUUUCUUGACUGGGUCUGGGCAGGGUUCUUCUUCAGCUUGGGAAGCAGAAUGGGUGGCAGCCGCGCGAUCGGUCCUCGGAUCCCCUUGAGAAGCCUGGAGGUGAAGGAGCAAACACAGGCCUCAGCCAAGGUCGGGGUCUGGGGAACUGUCGCAAAGGCAAGUGUCUAGUCCCUUUUCACAGUCUCUAAAGUGCUGAAAUGAAAUCUGACCUCGCUCGGGUGCUUAAUGUAUUCAGUAACAUCCAGUAGCAUUUAUAUUGUAUUGGACUUUCUGUUAAUUUGUAAGCGCCUAGAACAGCACAGAGUAACUUUACAAAUUUUUAAAAAAUGAAGGAAGGAGGGAGGGCAUUCUUUUAUAUGUUCUCUUGUGGUUCAAAUAUAGAUAUAGGUCCCUGAGAUCUGUCUACACAUGGGUGGACACUUAACCACCUCUGCUCGGAUACAGGUGGGAAGAUUAAAAAUUCUUAGGAUGUUGGCUUUAAGGGAAAAAAUGAUAAAAUGUCAAAUGCUUAAGUGGCACUUACUGUGAGACCAGCAGUGUUAUGAGACUGUCACGUAUACUGACUGAUUAAAUACAACAACCCUGUAAGCCAAUCUCAUGAGAAAAGUCCCAUGACAGCCCCACAAGGUAGGGUCGUUAGUAUUCCUGAGGCAAAGGGCAGGUAAGGAUUUUAUCCAAGAUUAAACCCCUGGGAAGGGGUGGAGAGGAGAGGGAAUUGAACCCAGGUAGUCUGAGUCCACAGUCUGCGCUGCCGGCCACAUAGAAAGUUCCUCUAUCCUGGCCCGAACAGAAUAUGGGGAGAGUGGAUUUUACGGUUUAUAAUACAGUAAGUCCCCUACAUACGGACCUUCAGGUUGUGAACUUCCAAAAGAUGCAAACAUAGCUUCGCAUGUCAAAUCACUAAGUUAGAUCAUUUGUCUGGCGUACGUUGUCGUGCGUGCAUCCUCUACCCUUUACCGUAUAGGGUACGGUGGUACCGUAUCUUUAUUUCAAGCUCAGGAUGGUCAGAAGCGAGCGUAAAAGCAGUGGUGACCUAGCGGGUACGACUGUCCUUUUUCAAGGGAUUGUACUGUAAGGUUAAAAAUGUUUUAUCUUUUGUUUGUUUCUUCUGUAUUAUUUGUGUGCAAAGUAUAAUAAACCUGUCACGGUACAGUACUAUAUAGCCGAUUGUGUUAGUGGGCAGCCUAGGCUAACUGUGCUGGACUUACGAAUGCCUUCUCGGAACAGAACUCGUUCGUAUAUGGGGGACUUACGGUACUUCAUAGGAUGCUGUUUACACUCCUCUUACAGGCGCACAGCUCACGCUGGAGACACUUAAGGUACUCGGUGUUCUGUCUCAUUCUGGACAGGGCUGCCCGACUGGAACGAGCACCGCCCCGGAGCCCUGGACCCCAGUGGCGCGAGCGAAGGAGGGAGCGCUGCUCACCUGUGAGCUGGGGGCCAGAGCAGGGCUGAUGGGCAGGGUCGAGGUGGCCAAGGUCCGGCUGAGGAGAGGGUCGGGGCCACUGCUGCAGGGCGGGUGGGCGGCCUUCCAGUAGGCCUCCAGGUAGUCGGCGAGGUGCUCGCAGGCGUCCUCCAGCUGGUUCUCGUCCAGAAUCACGUCGAACAGCUCCUGCAGGGGCAGACAGUGCAGACGGCGUGCUUACGGCGCCUUGCCCGUGCUGCCCCCGGGCCUCCCGCACGCCAGGAGCACGAAGGGUGCCCGAGGGCUGCGUGCUGCAUCCCUGCCGUGGUGCCGGACUCCUCUCUUCGCAGGGGCUGACCGCCUGCUAUGGCCUCACCGCUUCGCUGUGUGAGUGACCAGGAGUGAACAGGUGUGAUAACAGUUGCUAGGGGCACCAGAGAAAAGUUGCCCGUAGUGAAAAAAAAGGAAUUGAUCCUAUGUUAGGGGCGAGAUGUACAAAAGAAAAUGAGAAUAUAAGCCAGAGACUAUGAAAAGCUGAACCUUGGAAACGACUGAGGCAAGGUGAGGAUGUGAGGAAGCCGAAGCCACUGACUGGAUGUGGCCCAGACUUCAUAGUAGUUCAGAGUUCUUACAAGUGUAAUGUGCUCCCGGCAAUUAGAAGUGGGUCUGAGCCCAGUUCUUAAGGCUUCUGAUACACCUUCAUUAAAAACAACAAAGCCAGAACAAAAGCCGGAAGCAUACAGGCCGAAAGCGUGGUAUGCAAAGCAGGGGAUUCGCGGUAGGGAUGUGUUCAGGUGUCAGAAUCUGGUUACUGAGUGCUUUAGAAAUGGUCUUAGAUCAAUUUCUUAGACGGUAAUGAAGAGCCAGCAACUCGCUCCCUGAGUAGAAGUGAAUAAUAAACCAACCCCAAACAGCCAUCUUUUCAACCAAAGUUUUGAAACAAUGAUUGUGUUUCACUGAAGAUGACUACUGAGGUGUUAGAUUAACAAAGCGAGGUCACCACGGAACACACCGUAGCUGUUCGUAAGCGACGACCAUGACCUAGACAAGUGCUCGUGGUAAGAGGUAGACUCUACCGUUCCCGUCUUUGGGAGGAAACCCACCGUUAAUGGGCAGGGUUCUCCCUGGACAGGCGUUUACCUGUCCGUCUGGUUUUUGUUAACAGAAUGUGGGUGUGAAGCCUUCAAGUGGAUUAUACUGCAUAGAGAGACUUACCGGAGGGCACUGAGCCAGCUUAUCUGCUGCUACCAUCUGAACAUUGAGGUGUUUAGCUUGAGAUUUCCCUCGAGAUUUUAUUAACCUUUGUAAAACCUGUAAAAGACGAGAUUCUUCAACUGGGGUAUCUGCACUCAGGUGAACAACAAGGUUCGUUAUUCGUUCCUUUCUCCGGUGUCCUCUGCAUGCAGCACUGAUGGUUUACAAAUAGAUUACGCUAGAAAACAAUCUUCAAGAUGGUCAGCAAAAUUAACACGUUGACAUAAAUCUCAGUCGCAAGUUUCGUAAGUCACCAGCGUGGAGAUGUUUCUGAGUCUUGUCUUUUUUCAAGGCUAGCAGUUCUCAAACUCUGUCUCAUGAUUUAUGUUUUUAAACACUGUGGAGAACUCCCAAGAGCUUUUUAUGUGAACUGUAAUAGUUAUAUAUUAGAAACUAAAACUGAAAAAUUCAUUUAAGAAUGACCAGUAACCUCUUAUAUGUUAACAUGUCAUGCAUUCUGAUAAAACAGCUAAGUUAUUUGCAGGUUUCUCUACCGCCUGGCUCCACAGAAGACAGCUGCUGUGCCCUGCUUCUACAGUGAAUCUGCUGCGGUGUAUUGUUUGAAACAGGCAAAGAAAAUCCAGUCCCCUACAGGAUGACUGAUUUCCAGGAAGAUUCCUUCACACAAGGUCAUGGACCCAUCCCUACAGAAUUCAGUAUGCAUUCUGAACGCUUCUGUGUCGAGAGCUGACAUGUUCAGAAUCACUGGAGAGGACAACCGAAUUCAUCACUGAUGGUGGCUUUCCUUCUCGCCCCCGACUUUCUUGUUAAUUUACCUGUCGUGCUACUAGGUGAACAGGAAGAUUGCUUUGUUCACGGGAUGACACAGUUGUUUAGGGUGGAUCCGACUGUAAAUGGGCUCCUCUACUGCACAUAACAGAAAGGAUAACGGUUCAUCAUCUCUUCUUCGACCUGACACACUUAGUGCUAUUUUAACAACCAGGACCAUGACCCUGACAACUCUCCAGGGCUUCCACAAACGAACCUAACCGGGUUUCAGACGGAAAAGAAUUCCUGUCAAGAAUCUUUUCAUCCUCAGCCCUUCCUUUCCUAUUUUCUCCCUCUUGGGCUUUACAUUUUUUAAAAAAAAAUAAAUGUUGUU